CGGAGGCGGCCGCCACAGGGACUCGCCGCCAUCACCUCAGCCGCCUCAGCCGGAGAGGAGCCGCCGCCGGGGCUGCCCGCCGCAGCCCCGCACGUCCGGGGCUUAACUCAGCGUAGAACCUCCCAAGAUACUCAAACAGUAAAGCACUCAACUGUGUGGGAUAUUGCAUAAAUCUUAGAAGACUACAAUAAAGUGGCAAUGUCUCAGGAACCCACCCCACCUCUCUCUGGAGAUAUGUCUACUGGUCCUAUAGCAGAAAGCUGGUGUUACACACAGGUUAAAGUUGUAAAAUUUUCCUACAUGUGGACCAUUAAUAACUUCAGUUUUUGUCGAGAGGAAAUGGGUGAAGUGUUAAAAAGUUCAACAUUCUCAUCGAGCCCCAGUGACAAAAUGAAAUGGUGCCUGAGGGUAAAUCCAAAGGGAUUAGAUGAUGAAAGUAAAGACUACUUGUCCUUAUAUUUGCUUUUAGUCAGCUGUCCAAAAAGUGAAGUUCGAGCAAAAUUCAAAUUUUCCCUUCUGAACGCUAAAAGGGAAGAAACAAAAGCAAUGGAAAGCCAAAGAGCAUAUCGAUUUGUACAAGGGAAAGACUGGGGUUUUAAAAAAUUCAUUCGAAGGGAUUUUUUGCUUGAUGAAGCUAAUGGUCUUUUACCAGAUGACAAGCUUACAUUAUUUUGUGAGCAUCUCCAGCACUGCUUGCAGAAGAGGAGGAAGCAUUGCACUGGCCUACCUAAAGAACUGCCUCCUCCCCUCCCCUGCAAGUGGUGCUGUAGACAGGUGAGUGUGGUCCAAGAUUCAGUAAAUAUAUCAGGACAUACUAAUACAAAUACUUUAAAGGUGCCUGAAUGUCGACUAGCAGAUGAUUUAGGUAAUCUCUGGGAAAACACAAGAUUUACAGAUUGCAGUUUUUUCGUGAGAGGACAAGAAUUUAAAGCUCAUAAAUCUGUACUUGCAGCUCGAUCCCCAGUUUUUAAUGCAAUGUUUGAACAUGAAAUGGAAGAAAGCAAAAAGAAUCGAGUGGAAAUAAAUGAUGUAGACCCUGAGGUUUUUAAAGAAAUGAUGAGAUUCAUUUACACAGGGAAAGCGCCAAAUCUUGAUAAAAUGGCUGACAACUUGUUGGCAGCUGCAGACAAAUAUGCACUGGAACGGCUGAAGGUCAUGUGUGAAGAAGCUUUGUGUAGUAACCUCUCAGUAGAAAAUGUUGCUGAUACCCUUGUCCUUGCAGAUUUGCACAGUGCGGAACAGUUGAAAGCACAAGCCAUAGACUUUAUUAAUAGGUGCAGUGUACUUCGACAGCUUGGGUGUAAAGAUGGGAAAAACUGGAACAGCAACCAAGCAGCAGACAUAAUGGAAACAUCUGGGUGGAAGUCCAUGAUUCAGUCUCACCCACAUUUGGUAGCAGAAGCCUUCCGAGCACUAGCAUCUGCACAGUGUCCACAGUUUGGUAUUCCACGAAAACGGCUAAAACAGUCUUGAAAUCUUCCAUGAACUGUAGAAAAAUGGAACUGACUUUUACUCCUCCAGGUCCAGAAGGAUUCUAAUACACAAACCAUAAGCAAGAGUUGUUUCUGUUGUCUUGUCCACAGAACAGAAGCUGAGAAAGCAUAUUGCUUGAAUUUCAGGUGGAUAAUUUAUGGUUUAUUCUUCAGCUUUAAAUUAGACUGAUUAUACUCUAAUUCACUUCAAGGCCUUAAAUUAUCUUCAGUGACUUCUCUUGUUCAUAUAUAUACUUUAAUUUUUUUAUUGUGCCUUGUCAUUGUGACCAAGGCUAUGCAGGAUUGCACUAGCUCCAUAAUGCAGUAAUAUUGAUAACUGAAGAUAAUAAGUUUCAAAAGGAUCUUCCAUUAGUUUGAGAAAGGCAAAUGAAUAUUAUAGGGUUUGUCCUAUGCUAUCUCAAAGUUUAAAACUAGGCUUUCCUUAAAAAAGCACUUCUAUUGGAGAUUACUGGUAACGUCUCCAGUCUAAGUUCUAUAAAUACAGGAGAACCUGCUUACCUUCAAGGUAAGUUAUGGCAAUACACUGCUUCAAUUCUAAUUUAUUUUUCAUUUCAGGGGGCAAAUAUGCAAUGAGUUGGCCCAAAUUUUUAAUGAAAUUUGUAGUGUUUUUAUGUUAUCUGUCCAACAAACUAAGAGAAGCAUAACAAACCUUUGCUUGUGUUUCUUUGUGAGUUUAUCCAAGUUUACAGUGAUUGAGAACUGAUUGAGGUUAAGAUUUCAAUAAGAAGAAAGCAUGUUUUGUGCUGAAUUAAUUUUUUUUUAAUUUAUAGUGACCUACAUUUAUAUGAAGAAUUCUGUACAUGUUAAAAGUAAGGAUGACCAAAUGUAAAUUUAAUGAGUGGGCCAAUUAAGAAGAUAUAUAUGCACUUUUAAUGUGUAACUUUUUUAUACUGAAUGGUACUUUUUUUUUUUUUUUUGCUUUUGAGAGAAUUGAUAAGGUAUAAUUAAUUGUCUUAACUUUUGAAAGAAUUUUUAAGACAGAUGGAGGCAACUGGGAUGUUUGUGAUAAUAGAUAAGGAAGAUAUUCUCGAUUAUAGUUAAAUUGGUUUGACUUCCAGAUAUUCAUUAUUGAAUUCACGCCUGUUUAUCACGCUUUGGAGAAGGCACCUGACAGUAAAUGAAUCCUGGACAGCCUACUCUCCUUCUAAAAGCAAUGAACUGCUAUUAUUUGCAGACUAAAGGAGAGAACCCUUAGAAAUAUGUCAGGCUACACUCUGAAACCUUUUUUCCUCCCUAGCUUUCUCCUUUCUGUCUCAGUUACUGUACCAACAUUGUGGAUGAUAGUGAAAUUCUGCAUAAUGUGAACAGGAUAAACUAUUCAUAAACUGCUUUUCACGGGCCAGUUCUUUAUUAUAAAUGAAUUUUAGCUUUAAACACAUACACAUCUUCAGUUUUCGAUAGCUCUGUUUACAACAGAAGUCUGUUCUGGUGCAUUGUCCUGGUGAAGCAGGAGCAAUCGAUGUCAAGUCACUGCAUCUGAUUUCCUGUGACAGUGGCAGUAUCCUUCUUAGGCAAGAUUUACAUUUGACCACAAGGGAAAAAUUUUUUUCACUGGAAAAAAAAAUGCAUAUACCUAUAUAUUUACAUAUAUAACUUUAUUCUCCAGAUUAAAAUUUGUAUAAUUCGUUUAUUUAGUUUUUGAAUUUAGGACAAAAAGAAAAAGAUGAAGCCUGAAGUUUUAAAAUAGAUUUUAUUUUUGUUAUCUGUCAGUUAGGUAUUUACUGAAGCAAUCCUAAUAUACCAAGAGUGAUUCAUAUUUACAUUGAACAAACACUGUCAAAUAAUCAUUUGUUAUCCACAUCAAACUGGAGUUCAAAAAGAUCAUAUUUUUAGAUAUCUUCAUUUCUUGCUGUGUAGCUUGAGUCUUUGUUGUGUUAACCUAAAUUUGAAAUUGGAAGACUCCCUUCGGAUAGAAGAAAGAUUCUUACAUAUGAAUGGAUUCCAUCCUAUGUAAGAGUAUUAUAGGGAGCAGAAAUUCACUUCCUUAACUUCACCAUAAGAUUGAGCCCUUUAAAUUUAAAAUGUGCAAUUUAAAAAAGAAACCACACACACAUACAUAUACACUUUAAGAAUUUGAGAUUUUGCCAGGGUCUUAGAAGAAAAUAAAAGUUCAUCCCUCAGGCCCUAGAAUUUUGUUGUCAUAUAUUAAAAAAAUACUGGUGUAUUCAUUUAUGUCAGAUGCACACAGGCGCAUUCUGAAUUAAUUCACUGCUUGGGUCUACAUUUCUAACCAUAGUGACUUCAGUGAUAACACCUAUUAUAAUGAACAUUUCAGCUUACCCUUACUUACAUACUUACUUUAGUGUUUGUUGCAAAUCUGAAGGGUUUUAUUAUAAAGUUUUUUUUUUUUAGUUUGGUAGCACAUUUUGUACCAAAAACGUCCAACACUGUGCUGUAAGAAUAUCCACAUUUGUAGAAAUGUCCACUUUUCAGAUAAUAUAAUUCCUACCAUUAUACUAACAGAAUCAUAUGGUAGUUGAUUUAUUUUUUUUAUUUAUUAUGUAUAUUUUUGGUAUUGUGGGUUCUUGAGACAAUGAUACAAAACUGUUAAUGUAUUCUGACGUGAGUGCUGUAAUAGCUUUUUUUUUUUUUUU